UGUUCUGCUGCUAGCAGUUGGAGCCUGGCCUCUCAGUAGAAUUGACAAGGUGAACCGCAGUGUCCUUAUUUUACAAAAUCAAAAUCGGCAGAGAAGAAUCUCAGCCAAAUGGAGGAUGAAAUAUAUCACGAUGAUCUUCGCACUGAUAAAAAAAGGAAUUACCUUUACUACAUCCAGAGAUCUGACUUCCAUAUCUAUGUUCUGCUGGCAGUCUCUUUUCUCCUAACAGUUAUUUUCUACAUUGCAGUUCUUUCCAAAGCCACAACUCUUUCAUCAGAAAUAAACAAAAUAAGUAAAAGUAUGCAUUCAUUAUCAGUGGAUGACCUUGAUGACCAAUUGUUCCCUUGUGGCCCUAACCACACACAGUGGGAGUACUUUAAUGGGAAAUGUUAUUACUUCUCUCUGAAGAAGAAUACCUGGAGAUUGGCCAAUGAUCAAUGCAGGGACAAUCGUGCCCAACUGGUUGUCAUCAAUGAUAUGGCCGAACAGAAUUUCCUUCAGACACGAGCCAGAAAUGCGCGUCAUUGGAUAGGACUUACAGAUAUUGACGUAGAGGGAGAAUGGAAAUGGGUGGAUGGUAGCAGUUACAGAAAUGGCUUCAGGUACUGGAAGCAAGGGGAGCCUAAUAACGAUCUUUCAAAUGAGGACUGUGCACAUCUCUGGGGCAACGGAGAAUGGAACGAUGUUUACUGCACAUAUUUAUGCUACUAUAUCUGUGAAAAAUCCUUGCCAAGAAUCUUCUAAAAAUCCUCACGGCACAGAAAGGACUGAGGGCCUAAUUGCCAAAUAGUGCAGAUUUUACCAGAGGUGCCUUAUAUCUCACUUUUAAAGAUGUUACUGUUAUAAAUCCCAAAUGAUUUUUAUUUUUACGAUUACUGCCAAUUGCCAGCAUUUACUUAUUCUGUAAUUCUGCAGCUGCACCCAUGAAUUGGCUAGUCUGGCUUUUAAUAAACUGGGGCCUCGUGGGACAUGUAGAUUCAAACUUUCCACAGUUCAUCUUCAUAUUUUAAGCAACUUAAUGGAUCCAGCAGUCCGCCAAUGCAGCCGUCUAGCAAAAUCUCAUCUCUUUUACUUAGCACUGUAAUUGUGUUCUCUUCAUUUUGUUUGCUUUUUUUAAUGUGAAAACUUGGAGAAAACAUG